AUGUUUUUCUUCUUUCAUUCUGCUUUUAAAGAAUCGUUUCCACAUUCCUUUCUUAUUAUCUUUCUUUUCUUCGACUUUUUUUAUCCUUAUCUUUUUCCAACUCUACAGAUCUAUCUAUCUAUCUAUAUAUCUAUAUUUAUAUCUAUAUCUAUCUAUCUAUCUAUCUAUCUAUCUUCAUCUAUCUAUCUAUCUAUCUAUAUAUAUAUAUAUAUAUAUAUGCAUGAAUAUCUAUAUAUGCCAACUGCUAAGUUGAGUUACAUUUGCAUCCAUCUAUGUCUACGUCUCUCCUCUUUUUUUUUUACUGUCUUCUGUCUGUUGUCAACACUUUGUAUGUUUAUAUGGCAAUUCAUUUUCCCGUCCCAGCUUGUGAAUAGCUUACUCUUCUUUUUCUCCAAUUUCCUAAAAAGCAGUUCUUCUCAGUGGUUGAAUACAUGCCAUAAUCUAUCUAUCUAUCUAUCUAUCUAUCUAUCUCUUAACAUUGAUUGCUAUGCCUUUCUUUCUUCUAUCUAUCUAUCUAUCUAUCUAUUUUCUUUGUUCCUCUCUAUAUAUGUUAACCUGCUAAUUUCUACAUAUCUAUCUAUCUAUCUAUCUAUCUAUCUAUUUCUUUCUAUCUAUCUCAGCCUGUUCAUAUCUAUCUAUCUAUCUAUCUAUCUAUCUAUCUAUCUAUCUAUCUCACUCAAUUCAUAUUUAUAUUUGACAUCAUCUAUUUUAAUCUGUUUCUAUCUAUCUAUCUAUCUAUCUAUCUAUCUAUCUAUCUAUCUAUCUAUCUCAGUCUGUUCAUAUCUAUCUGUUUGUCUAUCCACCCUGCUAAAUGUAUUUACACGUUUACGUAAUUUGACGAUCAAAAUAAAUGUGUCCUCCUGGUGGUUACGAACACAGCUGCCUCUUUAUUUUCUCCUGACACUGAUUGGUUACUGGGCGAACGUGUCAGUUUUCGACAUUGAUCAGAGGAAGCAAUCUCCUUUCGCCAUUUAUCGUAACAAGAAACCUAGCUUCUUUAGUCUCGCUACUUCGCCGUCAUAUCCAUUUCUCUUUUUGCGUCAACCGAAUCCUUUCACAACGGAAUACGAUCGUUUCUUUUCAUUGUUCCGUUCCGCUUUCCAAUAUCUACCGUUUGGUGUCGCUGUCAGCGCCACUCGUGAUUCCCGCGAAAUUGAAAACCAGUUUAAAUUAACUAUACGCACGGUAUACGUCUGUUUGUCUCUCUACUCUCUCAUUCUCAUUCAUUUGUGA